AUGUCUGAGAGUCCAAAGGAAACAACUCAAACACCAAUUAUUUUUGCUCCUGAAACUUAUCAAUAUGAUAAAUAUACUCUAGAUGAGUCUAAAUUGUCUUCUGAUCCAAUAGAACAGUUUACUGGAUGGUUCAAGGAAGCUAAAGAAGACCCAAGUGAAAGCAUACCUGAAUCAAUUACAUUCUCAUCUGCCGAAUUACCAAGCGGUAGAGUUUCAUCAAGGGUUUUACUAUUCAAAGAAUUGGAUUCUCGUGGUUUUACUAUAUAUUCCAACUGGGGUACCUCUAGAAAGGCUCAGGAUAUUAAAAGCAAUCCAAAUGCUGCUAUAAAUUUCUUUUGGAAAAAUCUACAAAGACAAGUAAGGGUUGAAGGUUUUACCGAGUACGUUAAUCGUGAAACUUCUGAACGUUAUUUCAAAACCAGACCUCGUGGAUCAAAAAUAGGUGCUUGGUCUUCACCACAAUCUAAUGAAUUGAAAAGUAGAGAUGAAUUGGAACAAUUGAUUAAGGAAAACGAAAAGAGAUUCGAAAAUGUUGAAGACAUCCCAUGCCCUGAUUAUUGGGGAGGUUUAAGAGUUGUGCCUUUAGAGAUUGAAUUUUGGCAAGGGAGACCAAGUCGUUUACAUGAUCGUUUCUUAUAUAGAAGAAAGACAGAAAAUGAUCCUUGGGAAAUUAUUAGACUGGCUCCAUGA